AAGGGGCGUUCAUUUUGUUUUUAUGAGAAAUUAAACCGUAUUCGCCACAUUUUAAAGAAUGAAAUUCCGAUUCUGCGGAGAUUUGGAUUGUCCGGACUGGGUCCUUGCUGAGAUCAGCAUCCUGUCCAAGAUGACAUCCAUAAAAAUGAAACUGCUGUGUGUACAAGUGAUCAAGGACAUGUUAUCCGAGGGCAUUGAUUAUGAAAAAGUCUAUAAAAUAACCCAGGAUGCCAAAUUUGAGAUUGGUGAUGUGAAAGCAUCAAUUGCAGCAUUGACGUUCAUUUUGUCCAGUGCAGCUAAAUAUAACUGUGAUGGAGAAACUGUGUCUAAUGAACUUCAGCAGCUUGGACUUCCAAAAGAACACGCCACCUCUCUCUGCAGGUCUUACAGUGACAGCUCGGACAGACUACAGGCUCAUCUCAGGACCACCAGCUUGAGAUUAUCACAUUUGGAGAAGACAGAGUGGAGAGUAGACUACAUCCUGAGUUCUAGUGAACUAAAGGAAGUGAAUGAGCCAUGCGUCCAGAUGAAGCUCCAUGUUCGGAAUCCAGAUUCAGGAACCACAACUCCGGUCUCCUUCACAGUGGAUAUAGAUAAAUUUCGAAUCCUUCUAAAUGAAUUACGGCAAGCAGAGAAGAUGAUGGAUAACUUUACGUGAUAAUGGACCAUGCAGAGACAAAAUAACAUUGAGAUGUGCAAUUAUGAUUUUUAUACCAAUAUACCAAAUAUAUUUUCCAAUAGAUUUUAUGUAUACAUAGCAAUAUUGUUUCAACAUUAUUCCAU